AUGUAUGUUGACAAUAAAGCAAAUGAAGAUGAUGAGUUUGGAGAUCGAUUGGAUGAAAUGUUGCGCGAUGUUGGAGAGGAGUUCAUCAAUUGGUCAAAUGAGUUAGAUGAAUUAUUGAGCGAUUCAAAACUACCUUUGUGGCCGGUUGGAAAUGGGUGGAGCGACAAGAGCUUUACUGCGUUACUUGAAAUAUUAAAAGAUAUGCUUCCAAAUGGAAAUGAACUUCCAAAGAGUACAUAUGAUGCCAAGAAGAUUUUGUGUCCAAUGGGUAUGGGAUAUAAAAAGAUACAUGCUAGCCCUAACGAUUGCAUUUUGUUUAGGCAUGAUUACAAAGACUUGCAUACAUGUCCAAUAUGUGGAGCAUCAUAUUACAAAACAAGGGAGAAGGUUGCUAACAAAAACUUAACGUGGGAUGCAGAUCAACGAAUUUCUGAUGGCAAGCUUCGACACCCUACUGAUUCUCCUCAAUGGAUAACAUUUGAUAAUUCAUUCCCUGAAUUUGGCCACGAGUCGAGAAAUCUUAGAUUUGGACUUUGUACUGAUGCCUAUGGCAAUCUGUCUGGAUAUAGUGUCAAAGGUCAUAAGGCGUGCCCCAUAUGUGAAGAUAAUACAUGUUAUCAUCAACUUGUUCAUUGUAGAAAGACAGUGUACAUGGGGUAUCGCAGAUUUCUUGAUAAAUUUCACUCUUAUCGAAGAUUAAAAAAGGCAUUCAAUGGGGUCCAAAACUAUACAGAUGCUCCACAACCAUUAACUGGGAAUCAAGUUUAUGAACGAGUCGAAGGCAUCAAUGUUACUUUUGGUAAGACUCAAAAGCUUAAAUCUCAAAAAGGUAAGAGGUCAAAAUCUAAUGUUGAGAUACCUACAAAUGAGAAGAGUCCGUGGAAAAAGAAAUCUAUAUUCUUUGAUCUUCCAUAUUGGAAUACACUAGAUGUGAGACAUAGUAUUGAUGUGAUGCAUGUGGAUAGAAAUGUAUGUGAUAGUCUUGUUGGAACUCUUUUAGACAUAAAAGGUAAGACUAAAGAUGGACUCAAUGCUAGAUUGGAUUUGGUUGAAAUGUGUAUACGACCUACAUUAGCCCCAUGUCGUGGGGAUAAGAAAACAUAUUUGCCUCCAGCUGCUCAUACUUUAUCAUGA